GCCCGGCUCCUGCUACACGCCUGGCACAGGCGGGCGAGCCCCCGGCUCGCCUCCCGCCUGGAGGACGCGCGGCGCCUGCUCGACGGGCACCACGGCUCGCAGGCGCCUGCCAUCGAGGGGAUGGCGCCAUCAGGCGCCGCCAAGAAGCCGUACUGGGGCUGCAGCAAGUGCGGCUUCGCGACGAACUGGGCGAACAACCCGAAGUGCCACCAGUGCGGCAACGGCGCGCCCUACAAGGUGCUCGACGACGGCGGCGCCGCUGGCGCCUCAGGGGCGAAGCCCAAGCCGAAGGCGAGGGCGAAGGCGAAGCUGCGGCAGCAGCUGGACGCCGCCAACCGCAAGCAUGCCCAGGACAUCCAGAAGCUCAAAGGCGAGUUGGAGCAGCUGCGGAAGGACCGGGCUGCCGGCGACCAUCGUGCGGAGCCCGCACCUGGCGGCAUGGACGACGACGGCGACAAUGAGAAGGGCAAGGCAGUCGCUUUGGCCCGCGACCGGCUCAAGAAGGCGCAGAAUAUGCCGCUGGAGCUGCGCGACUUGGUCGCUGGGGGCUACGACGCCUGCAUCGCGAAACUCCAGGACGACCUCGCUGCUGCGCAGGCGGCGCGGCGGGCAGCCAAUCCUCUCAGCAAGCAGCUGGAGGUGGCGGAGGCCCACAAGACGCGCAUGGCCAAGAAACUUGCUGAAGCCCAGUCGGCUCUGCAGGCCGCAGCGGCCAAGGCCACUGCGGAGGUCGCCGCCCUGGCGGCCCAGUACGCCUCAGAGCGUGCGCCCGCCGGUGCAGCCGCGCCCGCACCUGCAAGGCCGGCCGCCGUGCGGCUCCCGGCCGCAGCCCCGACCGGCUACGUCGCCGUCGCGUAUGCGGAGGAGAAGUGGCGUGAGCGCGAGGCUCAUUUUGAGCAGCAGCUUGCACACCUCCAGGCGCGGGUGGCCGCUCAGGCCGCUGAGGGCGCCAGUGCCGCCUCGGAGGGGGCACCCAGCGUGGCCGACGACGUCGCCUCCAUCGACGACCUGGCGGGCGACGACGAGAAAUGGAGCCAGGUCGGUCGCGCUGAGCGGAAAACGCUCCUCCGCAGGGAGCGUGAUGCCCUGGCCGGGCGGAUCCGGACGAGCCUGGGCAAGGCUGCGGCACAUGGCGCCCAGGCCGCUGGGCGGGCUGCCGAGGGGCUGCUGGGUGCGGCCGAAGCGGGCAGAGGCUCGGACACGGGGUCGGUUGGGCCCGACGGGCCUGGUACGGGCUCAGGCCCCCGGGGACGCGGCUGCCACGAAGCCGCCGCUGGGGCUGUCGCCGAGGCCGCCUGGGGCGCCAGGGCCGCCGCCGGGGCCGCCCGGGGGCAUCCCUGUCUGAGCGGAUUCGUCCACGCAGCCGCCGCGGGGGCCGCCGCCGGGACCGCCCGGGGCGCCAGGGCCGCAGCUGGGGCCGCCGGGGCGCCGCUCUGCGCGGACGAUUUCGUCCACGCAGCCGCCGCCAGGGCCACCGGGGCCGCCGCCGGGGCCGACGAUGGCCCCCCGGGGCAUGGCGCCAGGGCUGCUGGCCGGGCUGACGGGGGGCUUCUGGGCGUGGCCGAGGGCGGGUUGCCGGACCGCGCCCCUGGCAACCGCCCUUGCCAGGACAAGGCCGGGGUUCUUCCUGAGCCGGUUCCUGGUGGGGUGGCCGCCGCGCCCCGUGCCCGCAUCAUCCUUGACCACGCCGCGGGCUUCACCGAGGCUUGGAAGUUUGCUGGGCCAGUCAGCGGCUGGGUGUUCAAGCGUGGUUCCCGUGGGCUCGGGUACUACGUGGAUGAGGUGCCUGCCAUGGGCACGGUCGUCGUCCCCGGUGCCACGGAGGAGCUUGACCACCGCCUUGCGUACCUCCAGGGCGUCGCGCCUUCCAGCAGCGAUCGGGGCCCAGCCGGCCGCGUUCCGAUUUGCCUCGCGGAGCUGAUCCCUGCGGAGGUCGCUCCCUCUCCGCCCCGACGGAGGCCGCGGACCACGCCGCGGAAGCGACCGCGCCUGCCAAGGCGCACGGGGACAGCGGCCCCGCGCCCCAUCCAAGCGACCCUCGGCGAGUCGAAGUUCUGCGCCGACCACCGCGAGUUCGGCUACUGGGCGAUUGAUACGCUGAACUGCAACGCCAUGAGCACCGGGCAGUCGUACCUCGAGGACACGACGGCCGAUGUUGUUCUUCUUCAGGAGCUCCGCGUUUGCGGGGGCCCCCUCCUGGCUGCUCAGCGCCGGGCUGCCCGCGCCAAGUGGUCGUUCUCCGCUGAACCCGCCGUGCCCACCGAGGCCGGCUCGCUGAGCGCUGGCGUCGGGGUUGCGGUCCGGUCGCACGUGGGUUUCAGUCGUGCCGCCGGCUUGGUCUCACGCGACGCCUGCCGCUCCCGCGUCGUCGUAACGCGCAUGGGCGCCAUUUGCGCCGGUGGCAUCUACCUUGUGUCGGCCUAUUUCUGGUGCAACGAGGGGGCCUCCCAGCGCAACCUCGAGCUGCUCCAGUGCGUCGCCCAGCACGUGCGGCAGCUCCACGGCCCGUGGAUCCUGGCGGCCGAUUUCAACUUCCCGCCCAAGGUGCUGGAGAGCACCGGCUGGCUCCGCCUCGCUGGUGGCGCCAUCGUUUCGACGGGGCUUGCUACAUGUAAAGGUGCUGCAGAGGAUGACUACUUCGUUGUCGACGCUCGCCUGCUCAGCGCCAUUGUCGGCGUGGCCCUCGUCCACGACGCUGGCUCGCGACCCCACUCCGCAGUUCGGAUCUGGGUCAAGGGCCGGCCGAGGCGCGACAUGGUCCGCUCCCUAGCGGCGCCGGCCAAACCCGAGGCUGCUCUCCCCCGCGGCUGCCUGCCUCAGAAUGCCGAUGACGGCUGGGGCGCCAUCGCUGAUCUGAGCUGUCCCAGCCCCAUCGCCGCGGAGGUGCUGGACCACGACUUCGCGACCUGGAUGUCCAUGGUGGAACGUCAGCUCGCCGACGUCGCCGGCAUGGCCCCGAAAGAGCGCGCGAAUUUCUGCACGAGAGCCGAGGGCCCGCGAUUCGUGGUCCGGAGUGCUCUCGGCCGCCCCGGCUCCGGCUGCAGGCGGCUCUCCGCCAUCGCAGUGGCGUGGAAGACCGUGGCAGGGUGGCUCACCGACAUCGCCCAAUCUCUCGGUGCUGGGGCGUCUGCCCAGGUGGUUGCUCGAGCGCGCCGGGUCCAGUGGCUCUUCUUGGCGUACUCGUGGGAGUACUUGGGCGAUGGCGUGCACGCCGCUGCUUUUCGCCGCUGGGUGCGCGUGGCCGCCAGCCAGGGUUGGCAGGACAGAGUUCGCGUGAACUGGUUGCGUUCUACGGCGGACCUCAUUUCGAGGCGCACCAUGGCCUACGACAUCCAGCAGUCCGACGCUGGGCGAGCUGGCUGGGUCCCAAGCCCAAUCUCGAAUGGCGAGCCCUAUGAGGAUGCUCUCAGCGAGGCUGCCGACGACGACUCCAUUUCCCAGCGUCAGCUUGAUGUUUGCGAGACCUGCUACUCGCCGCGCCCUUUAUCGUUGCAGGCCGAGGUGGACGCCGAGGCACGCAAGUGGAGCACUGAAUGGGCUUGUGAUGGGCCGCCUGGUGGCAUCCCAUGGCCGAGCGAUUGGCAUGAUCGGGCCCCGUUGCCACAGCUCGCGGCCACUGCGCUGCAGACGGCCGCCUGCGCCUUCUCCGCAGGCACAGGCCUCGGCUGGGACAAGCUGCGCCCCCGGGCAGUCUGCCGGUGCGCGGACGGCGCAAUUUGUUCAUUGAUCAGGCUGGACGUGGUGCGGGCGUGGCAGUCCGCCUACGAUCGCCCCUUCUUUUACGCUGGCCCCCGGAGGGGCGCAGAGGUGGCCGCGUGGAAGCAGGCCGCCAGGGCGGAGCUGGCGCACUGUACUUCCUUUCUCCUCAGCCACGCCAGUGCGAUGCUCGACAUGGUGAAGGCCUUCGAGCGGGUCUCCCACCACUGGCUUGCGAAGCUGGGCGCGCGGUACAGCUGCCCCAUGGCCGUCCUGAGGCUCAGCAUCGCCGCAUACCGCCUCGCCCGGUGCAUCGCUAUUGAUGGCGUCUGCUCGGUGCUGCUGCUGGCCACGCGCGGGAUCACAGCCGGGGCCGUGCACGCCACCAUCGAGCUCUUGCUUCUCCUCGUCGAGUGGUUAGACGAGACGGUUGCGCUGUAUCGGUGCAUCGUGAUCACGGUCUACGUCGACGACGUGUCCUUCGAGGCAUCCGGCUCGGACCGGAUGGUCUGCGACACCGUGGUUGGUGCCGUGAGGCACUUCGCCGAGCGCCUCGUGGAGAUCGGCAUGGAGGUGAGUCCCACGAAGAACAUGGUGCUCGCCUCGCGCCGGGAGUUGGCCUUCCGCAUCGUGGACCAGCUACCUGGGCUGAGGCUGAAGGUCGUGGACAACGCCAAGUCGCUCGGGGGCGCCAUUUGCUCACGUGUCCGGCACGCCGCUCUACUGGCGAAGCGGCUCCGGGCAUUCAAAGUGCGGAGUCCCCAGGUCCAAAAGCUGCGCCGCUGGAUCGGGGCUCGCAGGGCGGCCGCGGUGCUCCGGACAGGUGGCGCAGCGGCCCUCGUGCACGGGCAGGCCAACGCGGGCGCCCCCAACGCCAUGCUCCAGUCCCAACGCGUUGCAGUCGCUGCUGCCUCAGUGCUGGGCGGCAGCGGCGAGCUGGACCUCGCCCUGAUCCUCGCCGACGGCGGCAUGUGCGGCGAGGCAGAUCCGGCGUUCGCCGCUCGCGAGGCCCCCAUCACCAAGUGGGCCGAGGCUGUGUGGGAAGGCCCCGCCGCAGCCUUCGUGGCGUCGGCCCUGCGGCUCGGCUGGCAGAUACUUUCAUAUGCCGAGGUGCGCACCGACCGGGGCCAGCACGUUGAUUUCACCAGGGAUUCGCCGGCCAUGGCCCGGCGUUUUGUGCAGCAGUCUGUCUGGCGCUGGCGGUGGCGACGUGUCGAGCGGCAGCGUCCUCGCGUCGCCCGCGGGCCUGGAGGGCACGGGCUCUUCGUGCAGCCUAUCUUCAAGCUUCUGAACGGGAGGGGUGGCGACAACUGGGGCCCCUCUGAAAAGGGCGCCUUGCGUUCAGCCUUCGCGAACCGGCAGUGGCCACAAGCGAGGCUGCACCGAGCAGGCCUCGCCAGCGCCGCCAACUGCAGGUUGUGCGUGCGCGCGGGGUUGUGCGACCCGCAGGCCGAUGAUCCGAGAUUCACUGGGCAUCUGGCGCACCGCGUCCUCGCGUGUCCGGCCACGGGGCCCUGCCGGCAGAAAACGGCCCCCGCGUGGAUUCAAGAGCUGGUCCGCCAGCACACGGGCCCCGAGGGCACCCUGGCGCUGAGCCCUGCCGACCUAGCCCUGCUCACGCGAGGCGUCGCGCCGUCUCCUGCCUCUGCCCUGGGCCCGCCGCCCGAGCAAGAGUCCUUCGAAUGGGUGGUCCGGCCAGGCCCGCUGGCCGCGCAGGUUGAUGCGUGCGUUGACGGCUCCAGGCUGGACGGGGGGGCUGACCUCCACGACCUGUGCGCCCGCCAGGGUUGGGCAAUAGCCGCGUGCGACGGCAACCGCGACCUCGUGGCGGCGGCGCAUGGCCGCGCCCCGCUGUGGGCGGUCGGCAUUCACGCCACGGAAUUGUGGGGCUUGCUCAUGGCUGUCCAGUCGUUUGACCCGGCUUCCUCCUUGAAGGUGGAUUGUCCCGUUGUGCAGCUCGGAGCGAAGCGGGACGCGCGCUGGGCCACCGCCCCCUGCCAGACCCUGGCCAGAGCGUGGGGGCCGAUCUCGGCGGCUCUUGAGACCGAGUCAGACCGGGUGGCGCGGAUGCCAGCUCAUAACACUGCCACCAGCUACGUCGGCAAGUAUAUGAGCAACGGCAAGCCCGUGCAGGCCCACGACGUCGCUGGCAACGACCUCGUGGACGAUCUGGCGAAGCAGAUCGCCCGCCGCGAUGCGUUGCCCCGGGCCCAGGUCCAGAUGGUCCGCGACGCUGCCGCGCGCCUCCGGGAGGCCGCUCUGUGGAUCGGGCGGGCCACCGCGUACGCGAACCGGUGCCCUCUCGACAUCCUGGCGCCCGUGGACCCCGGGGCCAAGCGGCAGUACGUGAGGGACUCCGAGGCGGAGCG